AUGGGCGGAAACAAUAACCUAGCAUACCUCUUGCCUGCUGUGGGCAGUGGAUCCCCGCCAGUACCACCGCCCCCGUUUCCACCUGACUACUUGUUCGCUCUGGGCUACGAAAUAUUCAUUAUCUCUGUGAUUGGAGCUCUGAUGCUUUUAUCACUUCCUCGAACGAUCCGCUUCUUGAGGUCUGACCGAAAAUACGAGGGGCGGCAGCUUUAUCAAUCCAAACACCUGAUCCGCCCAGUCGGUCCCAUUGCCCAUAUUACUGGACUCAAGGCCGGCCUUGUUGGUGAAGAGAAAGGUACCGAUACACUAUCCCCUGAACUGCGUAGAAUCGAUCUCCCGGGGCUUAAUCGUACAAAAAGUCCCGAUGGGACGAGUAAUUUACCAGAAAAAGGAGAAGACAUGGCAAAAGCUGCAGAGAAAGGGUCUAUCAGGGGUGUUAUGGCACAACCAACCUUACACCAAGGGCAGGGUGCUGCGGGUGCAUUCCUAGGCUGGAUAGGGGCCAAGAUGACUAAGUUCAUAGGGGGGCCUGUCAUGACCAAUGCCUUGGUAUCUCUUGCGCCACCGUUUUUUAUCGCUCCUGACCGUCCAGCACAUAUUGCCAUUGCACAGAUUCCUAUUUUGUUUAUUCUUGGAACAAAAAACAACAUACUUACUUGUAUGCUUGGGAGGAGCUACGAGAAGUUAAAUUUUAUUCAUCGUUCGGUCGUUAUCAAAUAUUCCACUCGAGGUGUCCUUAAUCAAGUCAUCAGAGUUCCUUGGGUGCAGGCAGGGCUCGCAGCCUGGAUUGGGUUAAUCCUGGUGACAUUUGCCAGCAUCGGGGUCGUACGAACCAAGUUUUACAACUUUUUCCUCAACAGCCAUAUGGUUGGAAUCCUUGUGUUUAUGGUUGCGAUUCAUUUCCAUAUGCCGACUGUUGUCGCACCGUAUACUAUUUCAGGUCUAUCUUUCUACCUCGUGGAUCUAGUGUUCCGCGCAUGGAAAAUACGAAUUCGCCCGGCCACCAUCAAUGCUAUUGAUGAUCAAAUGACCCUCAUAGAGGUCCACGGGGUUAACGACGGCUGGAGAGCCGGCCAACAUGUUUGGUUGCGAAUAUUACAAGGAGAACGCUCGUGGGAAUCUCACCCUUUCACCAUCGCCAAUGCCCCUGCAUCGCACGCACUGGAUGUUGAAAACCCUCAAGGGCUUCCCUCGCGUGGACUAUUAUUAUAUGCGCGAGCAGCAGGGGAUUUUACUUGUGCUCUGAAUUCUGAUGCCCAAAAGAACUCCGGGUUUCAGACUACUGUGAUUGUCGAUGGACCGUAUGGAGGACUGGAUGCCGGGAUGGUCGAACCUGCAAGCAACAGGAGCAUGAUCCUAGUUGCAGGUGGUGGGGGUGUGAGUUUCACAAUCGCUAUAUUGGAGGACCUUGUUUCCCGUGCAUUGGAGAAAAGGGGCUGUACAAAGACAAUCAAUUUUCUCUGGGUAGUCAAGGAACAUAAGCACCUUAAUUGGUAUAUAUCCACGAUCAAACGGCUUACCUUUGCCGCCGAAUCUUCGAUGGUUGACCUUCGGGUACAUUUAUAUGUGACCAAAAUUGAGACACCAUCAAACGAGAAGUUUGAUCGCACCCUCCCGUCCCUCGGAGAGCAAGCUGUCCUGGAUACCGAAUACUCCAUUUCAAUAGACGUAAAAUUCAAACGUCCGGACAUGACCUCAUUUAUUGGUGAGAUUAUAAACCACGAGGUGCUUGCAGGCCAGUCUAGCUCUGGCGGCGGUGUUAUGAUCUGUGCAUGCGGCCCAGCUCCAAUGGUCAAGGACGUCCAACUGGCGACGAGAAGAAUUUCCAUCAAAGACCGCAGGUUAGCAGGAGGUGUCUCUUUGCAUACAGAGGCGUUUGGAUUGUAA